AUGGAUGAAAGUGAAGAUGUGCCAAAAGAUUUUAUCAAGCUCAAGUCUGAAAAGCUCUCUGUAGAUGAAGUGUCAGAGCUGGUCGUUUCACCAUCCUGUGGGGCAGUGUCUCUGUUUAUUGGUACCACAAGAAAUAAUUUUGAAGGGAAGAAUGUGAUUCACUUAGAAUAUGAAGCAUAUACUUCAAUGGCAGAGACCGAAAUAAAGAAAAUCUGCAGAGAUGUUAGGCAGAAGUGGCCAUCAGUCAAACAUAUUGCAGUGCACCACAGGCUUGGUGUGGUUCCAAUAACUGAAGCAAGUGUAAUUAUAGCAGUCUCCUCUCCACACAGAGCAGAAUCCCUUGAAGCUGUAACGUACUGCAUCAACACCUUAAAAGCAUCUGUCCCAAUAUGGAAAAAGGAGAUUUAUGAGGAUGAAUAUUCUUGGAAAGAAAACAAGGAAUGCUUUUGGGCAAAUUCAGAAAAAUAACUGUACUCUUUUAAAAAUAAAGUGUUACUUUUCCUAAUGAG